AUGAGAAAUGCUGAUGAAAGAGAACCUAGCUUGCAUUACAUGGGUUAUGAAUCUAUGUAUCAAGACUCCAUUGAAGUAACCAUGAAAGGAUUGAAAAUUCAAUUAGAAAGGAUCUUGACUGUUUUUACAGCUAUUGAUGUAUCCAUGAACAUGUUUGAAGGAAAAAUUCCAGAAGUUAUUGAAGAGCUUGGCAAAUUGAAGGUGCUCACUUUUUCACAUAAUAGGCUAAUUGGUGCAAUUCCAAGCUCAAUUGGAAAUUUGAUGAACUUGGAAUCAUUGGACUUGUCAUCAAACAAGCUUGUAGGAAAAAUUCCUUUAAAAUUGGCAAGUCUUGACUCUCUUGGGUACUUGAACCUAUCACAGAAUGAGCUUGAAGGAUGCAUUCCUAUGGUCUCACAUUUUGAGACAUUUUCAAGUGAUUCCUUUAAAGGAAACAAGGGCUUGCGUGGAUUUCAACUUGACACACCAUACGACGUCGCUCAUGAGAAAAGUCAACCACUAUUACCAAGUUCAAGUUGUGAUGCUGGAUUUUUUGAAUUUGGAUGGAAACCUAUUCUGCUACGGUAUAUAUGUGGAGCCUCAUUUGGAACUUCAGUGUUUUGCGUUGUGAUUUUCUCAGGAAAACCUAAGUGGAUUGCAAGAAUGGUGAACAAUCUUCUAAAGAGGAGGAGGACAAGGGUUAAUAAGCGUCGCACUUAG